AUGCCUGAGACCUUCGAGUUCCAGGCUGAAAUCUCUCAGCUGCUUUCGCUGAUCAUUAACACCGUUUACUCCAACAAGGAGAUCUUCCUGCGUGAGCUUAUCUCCAACGCCUCCGAUGCCUUGGACAAGAUUCGCUAUGAGUCCCUCUCGGACCCCAGCAAGUUGGACUCCAACAAGGAUCUCCGCAUCGAUAUUAUUCCCGACAAGGAGAACAAGACUCUGACCAUCCGGGAUACCGGUAUUGGUAUGACCAAGGCUGACCUGAUCAACAACCUGGGUACAAUUGCCCGCUCCGGUACCAAGGCUUUCAUGGAGGCUCUGUCCGCUGGUGCCGAUAUCUCCAUGAUCGGUCAAUUCGGUGUCGGUUUCUACUCCGCAUACCUGGUUGCCGACAAGGUUACCUUCAUCUCCAAGCACAACGAUGAUGAGCAGUACAUCUGGGAGUCCGCUGCCGGUGGUACUUUCACUCUCACUCAGGACACCGAGGGUGAGCAGCUCGGUCGUGGUUCCAAGAUCAUCCUGCACCUCAAGGAUGAGCAGAUGGACUACCUGAACGAGACCCGCGUCAAGGAGGUUGUUCGCAAGCACUCCGAGUUCAUCUCCUACCCCAUCUACCUGCACGUCACCAAGGAGGUUGAGAAGGAAGUCGAGGAGGCCGAGGAGGAGAAGAAGGAAGAGGACGACAGUAAGGAGGCUAAGGUCGAGGAGGACAAGGAGGAGGAGGAGAAGAAGUCCAAGAAGAUUACCGAGGUUGUCACCGAGGAGGAAGAGCUUAACAAGACCAAGCCCAUCUGGACUCGCAACCCCGCCGACAUCACCCAGGAGGAGUACGCCUCCUUCUACAAGUCCCUCUCCAACGAUUGGGAGGACCACCUUGGUGUCAAGCACUUCUCUGUUGAGGGUCAGCUUGAGUUCCGCGCCAUUCUCUUCGUUCCCAAGCGUGCUCCCUUCGACCUGUUCGAGACCAAGAAGACCAAGAACAACAUCAAGUUGUACGUUCGCCGUGUUUUCAUCACUGACGAUGCCACUGAUCUCAUCCCCGAGUGGCUCGGCUUCAUCAAGGGUGUUGUCGACUCUGAGGACCUUCCCCUCAACCUGUCUCGUGAGACCCUCCAGCAGAACAAGAUCAUGAAGGUCAUCAAGAAGAACAUCGUCAAGAAGACCCUGGAGCUCUUCACCGAGAUCGCUGAGGACCGUGAGCAGUUCGACAAGUUCUACUCCGCUUUCAGCAAGAACAUCAAGCUUGGUGUCCACGAGGACGCCCAGAACCGUAACACUCUGGCCAAGCUGCUGCGUUACCAGUCCACCAAGUCUGGUGACGAGACCACCUCCCUCACCGACUACGUCACUCGCAUGCCCGAGCACCAGAAGAACAUGUACUACAUCACUGGCGAGUCUAUCAAGGCUGUUGCCAAGUCCCCCUUCCUGGACACCCUCAAGCAGAAGAACUUCGAGGUUCUGUUCCUGGUUGACCCCAUUGAUGAGUACGCUUUCACCCAGCUGAAGGAGUUCGACGGCAAGAAGCUUGUCGACAUCACCAAGGACUUCGAGCUCGAGGAGACCGAUGAGGAGAAGGCUCAGCGCGAGAAGGAGGAGAAGGAGUACGAGGAGCUUGCCAAGGCCCUCAAGAACAUCCUCGGUGACAAGGUUGAGAAGGUGGUUGUCUCUCACAAGCUCGGUGGCGCUCCCUGUGCCAUCCGUACCGGCCAAUUUGGUUGGUCCGCCAACAUGGAGCGUAUCAUGAAGGCCCAGGCUCUUCGUGACACCUCCAUGAGCUCGUACAUGUCUUCCAAGAAGACCUUCGAGAUUUCUCCCCAGUCCCCCAUCAUUCGGGAGCUGAAGAAGAAGGUUGAGAGCGAUGGCGAGAACGACCGUACCGUCAAGUCCAUCACUCAGCUGCUCUUCGAGACUUCCCUCCUGGUCUCCGGUUUCACCAUUGAGGAGCCUGCCAGCUUCGCCGAGCGCAUCCACAAACUCGUUUCUCUGGGUCUGAACAUCGAUGAGGAUGCCGAGACCUCUGAGGAGAAGGCCACCGAGGCUGCUGCCCCUGCCGAGGCCACCGGAGAGAGCGCCAUGGAGGAGGUUGACUAA